CAUUGACUCUCUUUCCACCAGGGUAGUUACACCGAUAACGGAGUCACUUUCUCCUUUUCCUUUUCCACCUCUCCAGGGACUUUCCUCUUUCUUCCCUACGAGGUCACCUUGGAUUCGAGCCUCGAAGCCCUCACGCGCGUCCUCUUCAUUGCUACAACCCCCUUCUCACGGCUCCCUUCCCCCUCGUUUGCUCCCCCGCCCCGCCUCCCUGCCCCUCUUUUCACUUUACGUCAACACCGCCAUGGCCACAACCGCCGCCGGCCGCAUGCUGUCCCGCCAGCUGCAGCAGAUGCAAUCCGACAAGGACAUCCCAGGCAUCAGCUGCGGCUUGGUGGACAACAAUGUCUUCGAGUGGGAGGUGAUGUUGAUGAUCUCGGAUGAUGUCAAGUUAUACGGGGGUGGAUUCUUCCGCGCCCGCCUCUCCUUCCCACCAGAUUACCCGCACAUGCCACCGAAGAUGAAGUUCGAGACGCCGCUAUUCCAUCCGAAUAUCUACCCAAACGGCGACGUCUGCAUCUCCAUCCUCCAUCCGCCCGAAGAAGACAAAUACGGUUACGAGUCCGCCGCCGAGCGCUGGUCCCCCGUGCAGACACCCGAGACGAUCCUACUCUCUGUUAUCUCCAUGCUCUCCAGCCCCAACGACGAGAGCCCCGCGAAUGUCGAGGCCGCGCGGUUAUGGCGCGAGAAUCCGCUGGAGUUUAAGAAGAAGGUGAGGAAGUGUGUACGGGAUAGUCUUGGGGAGGAGUGAUGAAAAUGUCAUUGCAUUCUGGAGCUGGCUUGGUGGAGUGAGGGUUUGAGCUGGACCUUAGGCUGUGGUUGUGGUUGUGGGUAGAUAUCGCAUCGUGCAUCGCGCGGGAGCGUAUGGCGUAGUCAGGGUUUCGUUUCUUUCGUUUUGAUGCUUCUUUGCGGAAUCAUGGUCAAUUUAUGCGUUUGUCUCUUUUUUUCUCCUGAAUGUGCUUAGUUGGGCACGGGGUGGGGAUUCUCACUUGGAAUUAUAUUUUUAUUUAGGGUCUAUAUGCUUGGUGAGGAAUAGAUUC